AUGGCGCUCACGAACAAGCGAAAAAUUGCCAAGGAUGCCCGAGCGUUAGGCCCCAGAAAGCGCGUCAAGUCUACAGACGACCUCCCUUGGAAGAGCAUAUCACGUUCCCGUCGUGCAGCGCUGGGUAGCGGGGAUCUGGAUGGGAUAUUGGACCUCGAGGAGGUGAAAGGUGUAGAGGUGGUUUACGAGGAAACGGAUGUAGGACGAGUUGCGAGAUUCAACGUGCCUGAAGGGGCUGAGGCCGAUGCGGACGCGGAGGAUGUUACGAAUGAUGGGGAGCAGGAGGAUGCUGCUGGCUCAAGUCGCUCUGCCUCUCCUCGGCUCUCUGAAGCCCGAGCUGAAGAAGAAGGGGACGACUUCGACUCAGAGAAGUUAUUGCCUGCUUGGCACAAAUAUAAGGAUCACGUUCAUCCUAAGCUCCUCCGAGCGCUCCAUGCUCAAGGCUUCAACUCGCCAACUCCCAUUCAAGCGCAAGUGAUACCCGAGGCUGGGACAGGUCGAGAUGUUGUGGGGAUCGCGGAGACCGGCUCCGGGAAGACUCUUGCGUAUGGCUUGCCCGUUUUGACUGAUCUCCUCACUCGUUCGCGCCCGAAGCCAAAGUCAAGACGUGCCGUUCAAGCCCUCAUACUCGCACCAACCCGUGAACUGGCGCUGCAGGUUACGCAACAUUUGAAUGCCUGCCUCAAUAACCUUUACGAUACACCCGAAGGUGAAGGACACGAUGGAUCCAAGACCACGAAUGGGAAAGGCAAAGCAAAAGUAACGACAGAACAAAAAAAGGGCCCACCUAUAGUCAGCAUAGCAGCCGUGAUUGGUGGCAUGUCUGCGCAGAAACAGAGACGCGUACUGGAUCGCGGUGUGGACGUGCUGGUUGCGACACCAGGUCGUUUAUGGGACGUUCUUCAGGAGGAUGACGCCCUCGCGAACCAACUACGACACCUGCGCUUCCUCGUGCUUGAUGAAGCUGACAGGAUGGUCGAAGCCGGUCAUUAUGCGGAACUUGACAACAUCUUACGCCUGACCUUCCGAGGAAGCGGAGAUGCGGAUACUAGCCCUGAAUUUACAGGAGAACAGGCUGUCGCAGCUGAGGUUGAGGCUGAAGAACAAGACGCGCGAUCGCAGCAUGACGGGCUACAGACGUUUGUUUUCUCAGCGACGAUGAGCAAAGACCUCCAACGCAAUCUCAAGCAACGUCGGAAGUCUAAGAAACCGUUCAAACCGAAAACCAAACCUCAGACUACUCUUGAUGAUCUGUUAUUACGCCUUGACUUUCGCGAUCCGGAGCCCAAAAUCGUCGAUCUCAGCCCCGAGGGCGGGAUCGUGUCUACGCUCAAACAGAGCAAAGUAGAGUGUUUAUCUGCCGACAAGGACGUGUAUCUCUACUAUUUCUUGCUCCGGUAUCCCGGUCGCUCUCUCGUCUUUCUCUCUGCCAUCGACGGCAUACGACGCUUGAUGCCCCUCCUUGACUUGCUCGGUGUGAAGGCGUUCCCUCUACACUCGCAGCUGGAGCAAAGGCAACGGCUGAAGAACCUUGACCGCUUCAAAUCGACAGCGAAUUCAGUUCUCCUCGCGACCGAUAUAGCCGCGCGGGGGUUGGACAUCCCAUCCGUGGAUCACGUCAUCCACUACCAGAUUCCUCGUUCUGCCGACGUGUAUGUACACAGAAAUGGGCGGACGGCCCGUGCUAUGAGGGAUGGGUUCAGUUUGUUGAUGUGCGCACCUGACGAGAGGAAGGUUGUGAGAGCGUUGCUGGGAAGCGUUGGGCGAGAAGAGGACGAGAUACCCGAGAUUGCGGUCGAGCUACACAUCCUGUACAAGCUAAAAGAACGCGUACAGCUAGCAAAACAAAUUGACUCGCAGCAGCACAAGGUCCGGAAGGUCAAUCACGAGAAGAAGUGGAUGCGAGAAGCUGCGGAGGCAAUGGAAAUAGAGCUCAACUCUGACUUUGCUAGCGACAACGAUGAUCUGCCGGCUGUGCGAAAACGCAAGGAGCAGGACGCCAAGAUCGCCAAGCUGAAGGCGGAACUAAAACAGAUGCUUGCCCAGCCGCUCGUCGCUCAGGGCGUAUCAAAGCGAUACAUCACUUCUGGCACUCGACCUAUAGCCGAUGAGCUGCUUGCUGGUGAAUAUCAUGAGACCAUGUUGGGGCUGCCCAAAUCUGUUGCAGGGAGUGAUGUGCAACCUGUCAAGAAACGCAAGCAGAAAGCCAAGAAGCUAGCAUCAGGCGACGAUGGUGAAGAAUGGGGCGGCAUCAAUGCGGAAUGA